CUGUAAGACUGCCUGAACAAGUUCCUAGCAUAUAUACUAUACACGAUUGUAUACAGGUAGGCUCACAGUCACACACUAUCUUAUCAAAGCUCUUGAACUUUGAAUAAGUAAACAUAAGUGUGCCAUUAUACCCAGUAACUCUGACACAGUAAAAAAGAACACAUAUGACAAGUCGUGUCAAUGAUACAACUUACAAGUCGUGUCACGAUAUAUACAGGAAUAAUUUUGUUGCGAUGCACAGAUUUUCUUGUCGUACGAGAAUCAUUAGCAACUUUGCAUUGGAUCGGUUUAAUUUCGCACGCUCGUACUAUUCGCAGUUUUGAGAUUUACUCGACCAUCCUUGUGAAAAUGUGAUCAUGGAAAGCACCUCUGCUAUCUGAGUCAUUGGCAGUCAACCGGUUCAACUUUACGGGAUGGAGGACAACCGCGAUUCAAGCGAGGCCGAGCAGGGCCAGCAUGCCUCCACGCCCUCCGAGCAGAGCGACGCCGGCCCCCGGUCCUCGAGGCUCUGGAUUCGCCCCGUCUUCUUCGUGUUGUACGGACUUGUGGUGGUCACUGCCACCCCACUCAUCAUCCUAGACAUAAUACAUGGGGCGCAAGGUGAUGAGAGUUUAGUGAUUAUCCUGGCUGGACCAGCGUUCUUUGCCAUGGUCGCCUCUUUAGCGAUAUCCGCCUGGGGUAUCAUCAACCACAUUCAGUGCUUCACACGCCCAGCUAUGCAGAAAUACAUCAUCAGAAUUCUCUUAAUGAUCCCAAUCUUCGAGCUGACUAGUUGGUUCGCGCUCCGUUUCCCGGACAGUGGUAUCUACUUAGAGUCGAUCCGUCAGCUGUACCAGGCCGUCCUCGUCUAUAAUUACGUCGUUUACCUCGUGGCCUUCUUCGAAGAGGUGCCCAACUUUGACAAUCGCCUGGCCAUGAAGCCGCAGAUCAGGGUCCCGCGCCCUUUCUGCUGGAAGAAGGCGACGCCAAACAAGAGGCUUAUUCAAAAAUGCAAGUACGGCAUGUUCAGCUACAAGAUCAUCCGGAUAGUUUUCACCAUAAUCUCUCUAACUGCAUUCCAAACCAAGACGUUUCUGCAAGGGUGGUUCUCACCUGAUGGUGCAUACCUAUGGGUGACGAUCUUCUUAACUAUCGCCCAGAUUUGCGCCAUGUUCUGCCUAUCCCUUCUCCGUAAAGUGACCCGCGAGGAACUCCAGAUGCUACCCAAGUCCAGCUCGCAGUUCGUCGGCGUCCACCUGGCGCUCUUCUUCGACCAUUUUCAGACGAUGUUCUUGCGUCUCCUGGCCAACUCUGGAGCAAUCAAAUCUAGCUACCCGGGUUUUGUUGGAGACAAACAGGAAUUUGCCACCAUGUUGGAGAAUUUUCUGCUGUGCUUCGAGAUGGUCCUAGUUGCCCUUCUAUUUAAUUACGCCUUUGACUACCGACGAUACAAGGUUGAAGGCCAACCCAGGCUCAGCUUCGCCCAGUCACUCAAGCAAAUCUGGGGCGUGUCUGAUGUGGCGUCCAAUAUAAUUGGUCGGUUCAGACAAAGGGGCGACCAUACUAGCAGAGAUGACAACCAGCAGCAGACCACAGCAGGCUCUCCUGCAUCCCAGCAGAAUGGUGCCCCACCAAAGGAAGAAGCUGAACCACCCAGGAGGAGGAAAGCCGGGCACCAGUUCAUCUCAAUGCCAGACAUCAUUAUUAACCACACCGAAGAUUUCGAUCACGCAGCCGAGAUCCACAGUCCCAGGAACCAAGAUGGCGGCGAUCAGAAUCACGAUGGCGGCGAGCCGCGUCCAAAUCAAGAUGGCGAACCCAAUCAGGUUCACGGAAUCGAAAACCCCGGGUUUCAAGGAGAAUCGCGCCAAGAGCAUUCCAAACCGACAGAAGAGGACGGACUCGGUGACGAUGCCAGUGAGGACACUGACGACUUCCUGGACGAAGAGUUUCCGACAGAUGACGAGGACGACAGUGACAUUGACAAUGGCCUGCCCUUUGACGGAAGGUUAGACGCUCCCCGCGGAGCCAAACCUCAAGGACGAAGGGUGAAAAAGGUCAGCUAUGCUGGAAUGACCUUCGAUGAUCUGGACCCGAGCAAAUUAGGACAUCCUUCCCAUGAUUCCCCUGCCGUCGCCAAGAAGAAACGAGUCAAGAAGGUCAGCUAUGCAGGGAUGACCUUCGAGGACAUGGACUGGGAGCAAAUUCGGAGUCACCAGUCCUCAACCCUGGAUUCUGAGACGGCACACACAGUGGCAAGCAUCGUGGAGCAAAGUGAGGAGCAAUACCCGGAGGGCAAGGAGGUGAAACGGAAAGGAAAACCAGAUGGUGACGGGUUUGGAAGCUCAGAGGCUUAGAACACUACUCUACAACGGCUGAAUAUAUCCCUGUCACCUGAUUGGUGGUCAUUAAUCAUGUGUCAUUGAAUUACUUGUCCCAACCCAAGCCCCGGAUGCACCGCAAAAAUAGAAGAUCCAAUCCAUGGUAAAUUGAAGUUCAGAUGACGAGGAUUUAUUCAGGUGUCGUAUAAAAAAAAAUAAUGAAUGUUUCACAUUCGUGCAGUGGAAAGCAUAAUUUCAUUUGGUGACAGACGGCAUGUUCCAUUCCACUCGGCUUCGGCUCACAGAUCAUUCCAGUUGUCACCUCAUGAAAUUAUUCUUACCAUUGCACUCAAACAUUUAUUACUCGUAUAGUAUGACAUUCCUUUUUGAAAUCUCUUUUGAAAUACAUAACAUAAGCUGUAUAUUGCAUGCAAUGUACAUGAGAAGCUUUGUACAUUUCUGUGGUUUUCACUACUUUGCCAAGGUAUACCAAAAGUAUUACUAUCUCAGCUGUGAUUGGUUCGUAAGUUGAUAUCUAAACUUUGAUUGGUCCAGUGACUUGGCUGAUACCAUAUAGUAAUACAGCAUUUUGUUACACAACUGAACUGUAAGAAAAUUCCUUUACUGGUAUUUUGAGAAAUUCCUUUACUAGUAUUUUGAGCAGACCAUAUCAAAUGGCAGUUUAUUAAUCUAAACCUGAGUAUAAUGUAAUUGAAUACACCAACAAAAACCUUGAUAUUUUCAUUCAAAGUACCUUGAAAUGUAUUAAAUUUGAAAAUAGGUUAAUAAAAUACUCAUUUUUAUUUCAUAUGUAGACCAUGAUCAGUAAUGCUGCUUUAGGGCAAUAAGACUUCAAAACAAAGCUUAUUUCAUUGGAAGCAUUUUCAUAUUUUUAACGGAAACUAACAAAGUAAACAAUAAAUUAUAUCAAGUACCGAUAUGAGAGAUAUCAAACAAUGUUUUUCCAGAUUGUAAACCAUGAAUGUAAUUUUACCUUUGUAAUCAUAGAUGUAAAAUCCAAAACAUUGCUUAUUCACAUAAAUGCAAGUUUGUGCAUAGAUCUUUAUAUUUACACAGACUACAGCAUUACAAUAAAAGAUGACAUGUUGCAACAUAUUGCCAUUUGUACAACCAGACUUGUUUAUUAUCCUGCCACGCCACUUGAACUAUGAAAUUAAAGAUAACCUUGACUAAGGCCAAAGGUGGAUUAUGUGUGAUCUUUUCUGAGAUUUCAGCAGGGUCAACUAUGCCAUAUCAUCAGUGCAGAAUGGGUAGUUGGUUCAUAAAUGCAAAAUUGAAUUUGGUCUUACUGUACAAUUCAUGAUAUGUCGGUGCAAUUUCAGUAUCAAGUAAC